CGGAGACAAUCCCAUAAGUGGAGAUGCUGAGCGAGCAGACUUGCCUCUAUAUAAACCAUCCAUCCUCUCCUGGAGCAGAAAGGACUUCAGUCAGUAAGUAGUGGUCACUUGGAGGGGACGUGCAUGUAUCUGAUGGAGGCUGAGUGCAAUGCCACAAUGUUACCAAUAACGCUUUUCUUAUCUUUCUAUUAAAAGGGGGGAAUCUUUUGACCAAGGUUGUCACUAACAGGUGAGUUUCCAUGGCGUGGAAUUUGGAAUCAUAGAAAAUGUUAUUUUGUAUUCUAAUUUGAGCUCACAUGUACAUGGUCACAACGGGCUAUAUUUACUAAAUGUUUCUUGCACAUUUUCUCCCAGAAACAUUUUGCAAUUUGAUGAUCACCUCACUAUAACACAUUGGGGACAUUCACACAACAUGCAUUGCAAAUUGUACCCAAAACCAACUAAUUCUCCAAACCAGCUAUUUUCCAUUUCAGUUAUUCUAGUUUCUUGUUGGCAGUUUAUUGAAUUAAUAGAGGAUAAUCUCCUGGAUACCUGACCUUAUGGAAAGUGUUAGCCAAUACAAACUGGAUAAAUCACUAUUCCAUGCAGCACGUUCUUAGCUCCAAACAGUCCUGACAUUAGUCUCAGGGGGUCCAUAGAUCCCUCUAAACCUCAUUCACACACUGACUGGACUAAGAGAGCUGCUGUAUCAUUCAGUGAAAAGUCAAGGUAAUAAUGAUGUGGCCCACAGACUCUGCAGUUUAUUAUUAUUUAUGAAGCGCCAACAGAUUCCGCAGCGCUGUACAAUAGAUGGACUAACAGACAAGUUGGGCGCACAGCACACCUGAUACUGAGAAUCUUACCAUGAUCUGCAGGUCAGGGCAAGCUGUAAUUAUUAAUAAUUCAGGUUUUGCACACUUAUUAGUACAUCUAUAGGAAUGGAGGAAGACAUGUUUGAAAACCCAGAAAGCUGAUUGUGCUAUAAUAUAAUAUUCCAAUUAUUUCUGUCAACAUGGCUUUGUCUGCCAAUACGUGUUACAUUGUAUCCCCUCUAUAUAACGCUCAUUUAAUGUGAUUACAGAGAGAAACAGCCAUGGGUGAUGGAGAAAUGGCCGUGUUUGGACCCGCUGCACCUUUCUUACGGAAAUCUGAGAAGGAGAGGUUGGAAGCACAGAACAAGCCUUUUGAUGCCAAGAAUAGCUGUUUCGUGGAUGAGCCGAAGGAGCUGUAUGUAAAGGGUCUCAUCACUGCUCGAGACAGCGGCAAAGUCACUGUGAACACGGAUGAUGGAAAGGUAAUUGUAUGAAAUCAGUCAUAGCUGGAGAAUCAGAUCAGCAGACUGGGAUCAGGUCACACAAAUCCUUUUCCUUUCCUUUCAGACUGUGACUGUGAAAGACACCCAAGUGUACCCCCAGAAUCCCCCCAAGUUCGAUAAGAUUGAAGACAUGGCCAUGCUGACCCAUCUAAACGAGGCCUCUGUGCUGUAUAACCUCAAAGAGCGUUACGCAGCCUGGAUGAUCUAUGUAAGACAUUAUUCCAAAUGUAUAGUAUUCUUUCCCAAACUUAAUGUAGAAAUUCCAUCAUUCCCUCUGGACACUCAUAUUAAAGAGGCAAGGAGGGCAGCUUAACUCCUGUUAGUGAAUACCAAUACUCUGGCUCUUUGCAGACCUACUCUGGCCUGUUCUGUGUGACUGUGAACCCCUACAAGUGGCUGCCAGUGUACAACCCUGAGGUGGUGAAUGGCUACAGGGGAAAGAAGCGCCAGGAAGCGCCUCCCCACAUUUUCUCAAUCUCUGAUAACGCCUAUCAGUUCAUGUUAACAGGUAAAUAUCCUUUCCACUCCUUUAUCCAAUCUCUUCAAUCCAGAAACAUUAUAAUUAAUUUAUAUAUGUUUUGUCCUUGUAGAUCGUGAAAACCAGUCUAUCCUGAUUACGUAAGUACAAUGUCUAAUCAAACAAAAAUGCCCCAAUGUGAUGGAUUUAGUAUGACGAUUAAUCUUGUGUCUUAUCCUUGCUAGUGGAGAAUCCGGAGCUGGAAAGACUGUGAACACCAAGCGUGUCAUCCAGUACUUUGCAACAAUUGCAGCUGCUGGGGAUGCUGGGAAGAAGAAAGAAUCGUCCAAGGUAAAAAUGCUCAGAGAACAAUAAGGGUCUCGGCCUUUUAUAAUGCACUAUUAUAUACAUAUGUAGUGCCAGGAUACAUUCUGACCAGGCAGUAUCAUGGUAACAGAGUAAGCAAUUCAUUCCAGAUAAUAGGUGACUUCUAUAAAGUUUCUUAUCCCUUGGAAACUUGCCUCAAUCCAUGAAUGACUUGAUUUUCUUAGAAAGGAAAUUCUAUUAUAUAACAUAAUAAUAUAUUUAAUGUAUCUUAGGGAACUCUGGAAGAUCAAAUCAUCCAGGCCAACCCUCUACUGGAAGCCUUUGGUAACGCCAAGACUGUGAGAAAUGACAACUCCUCUCGUUUUGUAAGUUACACACAUUUGGAAAUGUAUAGACAUAUAUCUCAGAAAUGGAAAUAUUGUUAAAUGAUCAUUUCCCAUCUUUAGGGUAAAUUUAUCAGAAUUCACUUUGGGACCACAGGAAAACUGGCCUCUGCAGAUAUUGAAACAUGUAAGGCUCGGCAACCUUAAUUAUGUAUUUUUCCUUUAACUUAGUUUUCUGUCUACUGAUCUGUAAUUCCGCAUCAUUAUAGACCUUUUGGAAAAAUCCAGAGUGACAUUCCAACUGUCAGCUGAGAGAAGCUACCAUAUCUUUUACCAAAUCCUGACCAACAAGAGACCAGAGCUUAUUGGUAAGAUUAGACUUCUACCAACGACGAUAUCAUAGAGAAAAAGUGAUGUCAACAUGGUCUGACAUCUAUUAGAUAAUCAAUGAAACACGCUUUAAAACCAGUAUGUUAAUUCAACUCAAUAUUGCCACCUAGAAAUGCUGCUUGUUACCACCAACCCAUAUGACUACCCCUUCAUCAGCCAGGGAGAGAUUUCUGUGAAGAGUAUUGAUGACGAGGAGGAGUUGAUGGCUACAGAUGUAUGUAUUCACAUGUGAAAUGCAAUACAAUGUCAACUAACAGCUUUAAUCAGUCACUGGAACUCACACGUUUGUGUAUUCACAGAGUGCCAUCGAUAUUCUGGGAUUUAACUCAGAUGAGAAGAAUGGCAUCUACAAGAUGACUGGAGCAGUCAUGCACCAUGGUAACAUGAGGUUUAAACAGAAGCAGAGAGAGGAGCAGGCUGAGCCCGAUGGCACCGAAGGUAUCUCCUCUGUCCUCAUAAUUUAAACUUUAGCUGUGGACUAUAGGCAUUGUGAAAAUGUACAUAUGAUGCAUGUCUUCCAUAUAGUUGCUGAUAAAAUUGGCUACUUGAUGGGUCUGAACUCUGCUGACUUGCUGAAGGCUUUGUGCUAUCCAAGAGUAAAAGUUGGAAAUGAAUAUGUCACCAAAGGACAGACAGUCCAACAGGUAUGCAUCAAAACGCAUUGAUUAAAAAAUGUAUAUGAAUAUUUUUUUCUCUCCAACAAUUAUUACUAUUCUGUCUCCUCAGGUGUAUAACGCUAUUGGAGCUCUGAGCAAAUCUGUGUUUGAGAAGUUGUUCUUGUGGAUGGUGACCCGUAUCAAUCAGCAGCUGGACACCAGACUCCCAAGACAGUACUUUAUUGGUGUGCUGGAUAUUGCUGGCUUUGAAAUCUUUGAUGUAAGUUAUUAUUUGAUCGACUGCCAUGUUUCAGUGGUGUCAGUAAUUCUCAGAGACAAGUCUACUUAAUUCAUCAUUUUAUUUUCCAGUAUAACAGCUUGGAACAGCUCUGCAUCAAUUUCACCAAUGAAAAACUGCAGCAAUUCUUCAACCACCACAUGUUCGUCCUGGAACAGGAGGAAUAUAAAAAGGAAGGCAUUGAAUGGGAGUUCAUUGACUUUGGUAUGGAUCUGGCUGCCUGUAUCGAACUUAUUGAAAAGGUGAGUAUAAGAUUAAAGCUGACUUCCAAGCACUAAUGGAAGGUCAAUGGAAUAUCAACGCUUUCUGUCCCCAUCUUUUCAGCCAAUGGGCAUCUUCUCAAUUCUGGAAGAGGAGUGCAUGUUCCCCAAAGCUACUGACACCUCAUUCAAGAACAAGCUGUAUGACCAGCACUUGGGCAAAUGCAAGAACUUUGAGAAGCCCAAACCUGCCAAGGGGAAGGCUGAGGCUCAUUUCUCCCUCGUACAUUAUGCCGGCACCGUGGACUACAACAUCACUGGCUGGCUUGACAAGAACAAGGACCCCCUGAAUGAGACUGUUGUGGGCCUCUACCAGAAAUCUUCCGUUAAACUCUUGUCCUUCCUCUACUCAUCUUAUGCUGCUGCAGAUGGUAGUUAUAAAUUACAUAUACAUUUCAAUAACAUUUUACGUGUUUCACAAAUCAUAUUCUAAACAAACUAUUCCAUAUUACAGCCGAGGCUGGUGCAAAAAGUGGAAAGAAAAAAAAAGGAUCAUCUUUCCAGACAGUGUCUGCUCUCUUUAGAGUACGUAUAAUUAUGUACAUGUAUUCACCUCUCUUACUGUUUCUCAUUCUAAGGUAACAGAACACAUUUAAUUUGUACAAUAUAUAUAUCAACCUAGUAAUAAUUAAAUUUUAAAAACCAUGCAAUCUAGAUUUCAAGCUUAAAAUAACUCUGCAGGACAAAUUGGACAAGAAAGUGAAAACAAGUUUCUCAGCUAAAGUUCAGAUCUUGGAGAAUUGCUUUAGAAGAUAUAGGAAGAGGGGCUUCCCGAUGCUUCCUGUUUGUUGUGAGGCUGUUAUUAAGACAGGAGGGUUAUUUUCGGGAAGCCAGAAUUGCAAAUUCUUAAUGUUUUUAUUUACCUGAAAUUUUGCUUUGUAGCAUGUGUUUUCCAUUUAAAGCACUUAAAAAUAAAUGAUAUAUUAUGUACCAAAUAUUUUAGCAAGCCGCUCUCUCUCUCUCUCUAUAUAUAUAUAUAUAUAUAAAUAUAUAUAUACUAUGCAUUAAAAGUUUAUAUUAUAUACACUAUAUAUAUUUUAAGAGAAAAUAUUGUAUCACUUGUUGUAAUGUACUUAUUUACUACUUACAGGAAAACUUGAACAAGCUAAUGACUAACCUGAGAUGCACUCACCCACACUUUGUGCGUUGUCUGAUUCCCAACGAGACCAAGACUCCAGGUAACACAUUAUUCCAAACAAUUGCAAGGAAGGAAACCUGACUGACGCGUUCCUUUAAUCGAUCAUAAUUACUUUUCCAUUCAGGUACCAUGGAGAAUCAUCUUAUCAUCCACCAACUGAGGUGUAACGGUGUGUUGGAAGGUAUUAGAAUCUGCAGAAAAGGAUUUCCAAGCAGAAUCCUUUAUGCUGAUUUCAAGCAACGGUAAUUAAUCUAUAUCUGCAUUACACGAAAGCUGGAUGUAUACAGAAGUAAAUUUUAAAAGAGGAGCAGAGAAUUGUACAAGAACUCUGUUUAAUACUUUGUAUAAGCUUUUCAAGUGAUCUAAUAUUUCUGAAUAAACUUUUAAUAUGGUUUAAUAUUUGGAAACUUUUAAUAUUUUUAUAUAUUUUAUAUAUUUGAUAUAUUAUUUUAUGUAUGACAUCAUUUUUUAGAAUGUUUUAUAUUAAAAAAAAAAAUCUUUGUAAAAGUUUAUUCAAAAUAUUGAAUCAUUUGAAAGUCUUAUCCAUAAAUAAUAUUUGGAAGUCUCAGGUCUAAUUCAUAAUUUGAAAAGCUUUGAAACAACCAUGAACUAAUAAAGUUAAGGGAAAUCUGAACAAUCUUGUCAUCACCAACUUCAGAAAAUGUGCAGUCACUGUGACUGGGUUUUCAUAAACCCCUUACUGAAGUGUCUCAUCUUUGUUUUAUUGGUGAAGUUACAAAGUCCUGAACGCCAGUGCAAUUCCAGAUGGCCAGUUUAUUGACAGCAAGAAAGCUGCUGAGAAAUUGUUGGGAUCCAUUGAUGUUGAUCACUCUCAGUAUAAAUUUGGGCACACCAAGGUAAUGAAAGGCUCCUACGGAGCACUCUGUACUAUGUGUUUGUGAGUUCUCUAAAUCACUCCUAACUACGUAUCCUUUCUUUACAGGUUUUCUUCAAAGCUGGCCUUUUGGGUGUACUAGAGGAAAUGCGAGAUGACAAGUUGGCCCAACUGAUCACGCGCACUCAGGCUCUCUGCAGAGGAUUCCUUUCAAGAGUUGAAUUCAAGAAGAUGGUGGAAAGAAGGUAUUACUUAACCUUUUAGAUGUUUAAAAUACUAACAUCUAUGAAUAAUUCUUGCCGCUAACACUUUGUCCUUUAUCCCCGGACAGAGAUGCUUUGUUUGUCAUCCAGUACAACAUCAGGUCUUUCAUGAACGUCAAACAUUGGCCAUGGAUGAAGCUGUACUUCAAGAUUAAACCUCUACUGAAGAGUGCCGAGACUGAGAAGGAAAUGGCCAACAUGAAAGAGGAGUUUGAGAAGACAAAGGAAGCCCUUGGUAAAUCAGAUAAACGCAGGAAGGAACUGGAAGAGAAAAUGGUUGCCCUCCUGCAAGAAAGAAAUGAUUUACAACUGCAAGUUCAGUCGGUAAGAAAGUAAGAAAAGAUAUUGACAUAAAAUGUAAUUACAAAUAAAUGCACAAAAUAUGACACAUAUCACACUCUUAUAGGAAUCUGAAAACCUGACUGAUGCAGAAGAGAGAUGUGAAGGACUCAUCAAAAGCAAAAUUAAUCUUGAAGCUAAAAUCAAGGAGAUCACAGAAAGACUUGAAGAUGAGGAGGAAAGCAAUGCCGAGCUAACUGCCAAAAAAAGGAAACUAGAGGAUGAAUGCUCAGAGCUAAAGAAGGAUAUCGAUGACCUGGAACUCACCUUAGCCAAAGUAGAAAAGGAGAAGCACGCCACUGAAAACAAGGUAAGAGGAACUACAAUUACGACCCUAAAUCAUUUCAUUCCAAAGUACAAUUAUAUACAAGAUCUUUCAUAUUAAUCCGGUAGGUUAAAAACCUUACUGAAGAAAUGGCUGGACUAGAUGAGAACAUCACAAAGAUUACCAAAGAGAAGAAAGCUCUCCAAGAGGCCCAUCAACAAACUCUUGAUGAUCUCCAGGCUGAAGAAGACAAAGUCAAUACUUUAACAAAAGCCAAAACAAAGCUGGAACAGCAAGUGGAUGAUGUAAGUAAUUAUAACAUUUUUGCAGCAUCUAAAACUACUAUUUAUUAGCAAAAUGUGUCAAUAUCACUGAAAAUACUUUACAAAUUUAAUAGCUGGAAGGGUCACUGGAACAAGAGAAGAAACUUCGUCUUGAUCUUGAGAGAGCCAAAAGAAAGCUGGAAGGUGAUCUGAAACUGGCUCAGGAAACAAUCAUGGAUCUAGAAAAUGACAAACAGCAAACAGAUGAAAAAGUCAAAAAGUUAGUCUUUCAUAUUUAUUUCCUAAAGAAAGUCAGGAAAAGUUAAUUAGACCUGUUUAAUAACAAAUUGUUCUUCCAAAACCAGGAAGGACUUUGAAAUAAGUCAGCUUCAGGGAAGAAUUGAAGAUGAACAGUCUCUGGGAUCUCAACUGCAGAAAAAGAUCAAGGAACUGCAGGUAAAGAUACAUUGAAAAAUGUUAACAAAGACAAACUAGUUCCUUUAAUAAUGUUCAUUGUAAGCCUGUUUGAGCGGAAUCCACAAUAACCUAAUUUCGUCUUAAGACUUCUUAUUGUUCAUAUAUUAACUGUUUUCUGUUAUAGCCACACAUUAACAUGUGUUGAAGCUACAUAAACACUAAUCACAAUUGUUAAUAGACUAAAUUAGUACUUCAGGGAAAUGACACAACUCUAACCAGUAAAUCACUGUUUUAGGCCCGUAUUGAAGAGGUUGAGGAGGAGAUUGAAGCUGAACGAGCUGCUCGAGCAAGAGUUGAGAAGCAGAGAGCUGACCUCUCCAGAGAACUGGAGGAAAUCAGUGAAAGACUAGAAGAAGCUGGAGGAGCAACAUCAGUCCAGAUUGAGUUGAACAAGAAACGUGAAGCUGAGUUCCAGAAACUGAGACGAGACCUGGAAGAAUCCACCCUUCAACAUGAAGCUACUUCAGCUGCUCUGCGCAAGAAGCACGCUGAUAGCGUUGCUGAGCUGGGUGAACAGAUUGACAAUCUUCAAAGAGUGAAACAGAAGCUGGAAAAAGAGAAGAGUGAGCUAAAGAUGGAAAUCGAUGACAUGGCCAGCAAUCUGGAGAACGUGUCUAAGUCCAAGGUACAAAAAGUGCAAGUAGCAGUUCAUGUCCUAGUUACUGUGUUAAUGUAACAAGCUUUGUUUUAAUUAUUUCAUUUCAUUCUAAAGGCCAAUCUGGAAAAAGUGAGCCGGAUGCUAGAAGACCAACUGAGUGAGAUAAAGACAAAGGAUGAUGAACACCAAAGGCUAAUUAAUGACCUAUCAGCUCAAAGAGCUCGGUUCCAGACCGAGAAUGGUAUGUGGAUUAGAAUAUAAAUUUAACCUAAACUGACUGAAUCAGAUUUACUUAUCAUGUUAGGAAUUAUACAAAGGCCAUAAAUUAAUAUCUGCCCACAAGCAAAAAAAGAAAUAUAGCAUGCUUAACAUUGUAACUGAACUUAUAAUAAUUGUGACUGAUAAAAUAAUUGUUUUAUUUUUAAAAAGAACAAAAUUAAAAUUGGCAACAGAAAAAUACAAAAAUAAACUAAAAAUGAAUCCCAGGAGUCUAAUAUUUUUUUUUUCUCUGAACAGGUGAAUUAUCCCGUCACGUAGAAGAAAAAGAAGCUCUGAUUUCUCAGCUGACCAGAGGCAAACAGGGAUUUACUCAACAAACUGAGGAGCUGAAGAGGCAACUGGAAGAGGAAACAAAGGUAAAUGUGCAGAAUAUACAAAGGAUUUAUCUUGUCUUCUAACAAGCUCCAGUACAGCAAAGUGUGUAAUGAAACUAAUAAUAAUAAUUGGAGCUGGAGGUAUCAAUUCCAACAUCGGACCUUCUCAUUACACCUUUCUUACUGUGCAUUUCGUUUCCAUACAAAUCGUGAUAAUCUGAUAUUGGUACAUGCCAGUCCUGCACGACUAUAUGGUAUUAGUGUCUCCGUGGAAAGGCACUCUCUCUAUAGAGAGUUAACUUCAAAUCAUGUUCAUUUUAAUUUGCAGCUCUGUCUGCUUCUUCUUCUACCUUAGCAAAAUCAUUUUUGUUUAACGUUCACAAUAAAUGUAAAUACUUUUUAUAAAUUAUUUUAAACUGUCUCAUAUUUACAUCCACAGGCCAAGAACGCCCUUGCUCACGCUCUGCAAUCCUCCCGCCAUGACUGUGACUUGCUCCGUGAACAGUAUGAGGAGGAACAGGAGGCAAAGGCUGAGCUCCAGCGCGCUUUGUCCAAAGCAAAUGGGGAGGUCGCACAAUGGAGAAACAAAUAUGAGACAGAUGCCAUUCAGCGCACUGAAGAGCUGGAAGAGGCCAAGUAUGCACUAACUAGCUCUGGAUAAUAAAACUGGAAGCUAUUUAAGGCUAGCAAUAAUUCCCACUAAUUAAACAUUCUGAUUAAUUACCAGGAAGAAGCUGGCUCAGCGUUUACAGGAAGCUGAAGAGCAGGUGGAAGCCGUGAACUCCAAGUGUGGAUCCCUGGAAAAGACCAAGCAGAGGCUGCAGGCUGAAGUGGAAGAUCUGAUGGUGGAUGUUGAACGAGCAAACAGCGCAGCGGCAGCUCUUGACAAGAAGCAGAGGAACUUCGAUAAGGUAAAGAGUUAAUAUAUUCAUAUUAUACCUAACGUUUCUAAAGUGGCAUUCAAAAAUAAACCAUAUUACACAACUCUGCACCAUCAGGUCCUAGUAGAAUGGAAACAGAAGUAUGAAGAAGGCCAAGCUGAACUAGAGGCAGCUCUAAAAGAGUCCCGCACGCUGAGCACGGAGAUCUUUAAAAUGAAGAACGCGUAUGAGGAGGCUUUAGAACAACUGGAAAGUCUAAAACGGGAAAACAAGAACCUGCAACGUACGUAAUAUACUAAGUGGAACUAACUGUAAAAAAAAGAUAAAUAUUCCAUAGAGAAAGAAUUUAAUAUCGUAAGAGUGAAUUAAAGAAUAUUCAUAUAGAAUACUUUUUGUGGCAAUUUCCUACACAGAGGAGAUCUCAGAUCUGACUGAACAAAUUGGUGAAUCUGCAAAAUCUAUCAAUGAGCUGGAAAAAGCCAAGAAGGUUGUAGAACAGGAAAAGAACGAUCUGCAAGCAGCCUUGGAGGAAGCGGAGGUACAGAGAGAUCCUUCAUUGGGUGAAAAAAAAACAUACAACUUGUUUUCAUUUUUAAAGUAUGAGUUAUUUUUGCCUUAACUAGGGAUCUCUGGAGCACGAAGAAGCAAAGAUCCUGCGUAUUCAGCUUGAACUGAACCAGGUGAAAUCGGAGGUAGACAGGAAAAUUGCAGAGAAAGAUGAAGAGAUUGAGCAGCUGAAGCGGAACAGUCAGAGAAUCAUUGAUACUAUGCAGAGUACGCUGGACUCUGAAAUCAGAAGCCGUAAUGAUGCUCUCAGACUAAAGAAAAAGAUGGAGGGAGAUCUGAAUGAACUGGAAAUCCAGCUGAGUCACGCCAACCGCCAAGCUGCGGAGGCGCAGAAACAGCUCCGAAAUGUCCAGGCACAGCUGAAGGUAUGGCAAACUCUAAAAGUCAUUCAAUAGAUUGUCACCGAGACCAGUGUGCUAAAGGUGUAAUACAAAUAGCAAUGUAAAAACAGUCAUAGAAAGGUAUAUAAAAUGACAAAGUAGUAAAAGAACAUAUCACAUCAUACAGAAUUGUGUAAUUGUUCAGCCUGCAGACAUAUUCCCAUUAUUUUCUCAGCUUACAAACUUUCUAUCGGUCUAUAAAUGAUUCGGUUUCUCCUGCUUGUUUUUUUAAGACAGGGCUUAAAAUGUCUAGCCCUACACUAGCCAAGCCUUAAAACCUUAAAAUGGCCACUACAAACCCGGCAGAGUCCAUGACACUCCAACCAGGCGAAAUUUCUACAUAAAUGGAAACUGUGAUACAUAAAAUGUCCUUGGGGCACAAAGCCCUGGGUGAAGGAAGCAUUGUAAGGUAUUAGUGGCACAAUGACAUCAUUAUGACAGGCCACUCUCUCUCACGAGUGCAAUAAAAUGAAUGUUUGAGAUAACUGUAAAACUAACUUGUUCUAUACAUUGGCAUACUAGGAUACCCAGCUCCACUUGGAUGAUGCUCUCAGAGGUCAGGAGGACAUGAAAGAGCAACUUGCUGUGGUGGAGCGCAGGAAUAACCUACAACAGGCCGAAAUUGAGGAGAUAAGAUCUGCCCUAGAACAGACUGAGAGAUCUAGAAAGAUUGCUGAGCAGGAACUUCUGGAUGCCAGUGAAAGAGUCCAGCUUCUUCACACCCAGGUAGGACCAUUCAAUAAAGAGAAGAGAUCUCAGUGCUGUAUCCUGUGUUACAAAGCAAGUAAUUCUAAAUUCUCUUUUCCACUUUAGAAUACAAGUCUCCUAAGCACAAAGAAGAAGCUGGAGAGUGACGCAUCCCAGCUUCAGAAUGAAGUCGAGGAAGCAGUUCAAGAAGCCAGGAAUGCAGAAGAGAAAGCCAAGAAAGCCAUCACUGAUGUAAGUGUUGUCCUGUUUUUGUACAGACGUUCCUCAAAGUGUUUAUUUUAACUAAGGAUUUUUUAUAUACUCUCAAAGGCUGCUUUAAUGGCUGAGGAACUGAAGAAAGAGCAGGACACAAGUGCACACUUAGAGAGAAUGAAGAAGAAUCUUGAACAGACAGUGAAGGACCUUCAGCUUCGUUUGGAUGAAGCUGAGCAGCUGGCCAUGAAAGGAGGCAAGAAGCAGCUCCAGAAACUGGAAGCAAGGGUACAUAGUAAAGGGUACUACUAAUUCAUUAAAAUUAGUUUAAAAGUGAGUACUUGCCAUGUUAACAUAAACAUGACAUUUACAGGUCCGUGAACUGGAGAAUGAAUUAGAUAAUGAACAGAAGCGUGGUGCAGAGGCAGUGAAGGGCGUGCGCAAAUACGAAAGGAGACUGAAGGAACUGACUUACCAGGUGAACUACAAUCCUUACAUAACUAAACACCCACCAAAUGCCCUCAACAUUUUAAUAGAGAAAUCUCACAUUUUAUUGUGUGGCAAAACCCAACAUUGCAUUUUGAAUUAAAAAAAGGACAUAGAAACCCACAAUCAAAUUAAGAUUGAGUGUGUGAUAAAUUACAGGUCACGUAACAUUGUUGUCCAUGUAGAAAUGAUAAAGCCGAACAAUACUUGCUUCACCGCUGCUAAUAUAUUGUCCUUCUCCCUUUUUUAGACUGAAGAAGACAGAAAGAAUGUCCUAAGACUGCAGGAUCUGGUGGACAAGCUCCAGCUGAAAGUUAAGGCCUACAAGAGACAGGCUGAGGAGUCGGUGAGUUCAAAAUAAGAGAGCCAAAAGAAAUGAAGCUUGUGAUUUAUAGACAUGGGUUUAUAAUAUAAUACAGUUCAUGGUCUGAGCUAUAGUGAUGAGUUCACAGAGCUGAAUUUUAUUUUUCUUUACCAUGAUACCUCUAGGAGGAACAGGCCAACACACACCUCACCCGCUUUAGAAAGGUUCAGCAUGAGCUGGAAGAGGCAGAGGAGAGAGCAGACAUUGCAGAAUCUCAAGUGAAUAAGCUGAGGGCAAAAAGUCGCGAUAUCAGCAGCAAGGUGGGAUAAUACAGAGAUAAAAACCAACGAAUAUUGUGAUUCUAUCCUACUUAAGAAAAUGAACAUUUUAACGUAUGCGGAAACUAAAUCAUAUUUUCUUUUCUUCUUACAGAAAGGAGAAAGCGAGGAAUAAAGAAUUUAGCCUGUUCAGAAGAAUCAGAAAUUUGCAGAAUGUGAAUUUCUUUCUUCUCUAAAAUCCCUGUCUUUAUUUCAUACCUUCUCCAAUUAUAAAUAAACAAUUUCUUUUAAAUGUU